AAACCCCAACUAAUAUUUUCACCUUCAGAACUCGGAGUUUAUUAGUCAUAUAACUCCGUUAUUCACUUUUCAUCCUUUUCGUCUUCAACACUCUCCCAAUAGAUUCACAGAUCGCGAGAAAUAUCUGCAUUCUGUAAUGUCCGAAUUGUUCGAUUUGUUGCUUUCAAUUGUAUCAAUUUGAGCUUCGCUGUGGUUUCAUGGCAUCAACAAGCAAAGGACCGACCCCUCCAGAGGACGAUAAUCAGGAAGAGGCGUUUGAACAUUUUGAUGAUUUUACUUUGGCUUCUACAUGGGAAAGGUUCAUAUCUGAGAUAGAGGCAGUUUGCAGGCAAUGGUUGGCAGAUGGCCCUAGAAAUUUAUUGAAGAAGGGUGCUGUCUGCUUGGAUGCCCCUGAAGGCCUUUAUAAGGUCAAAUCUGACCUUAAGUAUGCUAGUAGAGGCUAUUUGAUGGAGUACUAUUUUGAAACAAAUAAUGAUGGAAAAAUGAGUGAUUGGACUAAUGAGUUGCAUGAUUUGCAGCUCUCCUUUGGGGUGAAAGACUUUCUGGUGAUUGCUCCACAAAGUGCAAGUGGCGUGCUUCUUGAUAGACCAGAGGCAACCAAGCUAUUAAGUGCAGUUGCUAUUGCAUUGUCGAACUGUUCCAGUUUGUGGCCCGCUUUUGUUCCAGUGCAUGAUCCAUCACGUAAAGCUUACAUAGGUAUUCAGAAUAUGGGUACACUCUUUACAAGAAGAUUCGAGGCUGACCGUAUUGGUAGUCAGGUUCCUGUGAAGCUUAUGCACUUGGAGGGAUUAUUUGAGCUAUUUGUUUCUAAAUUUGCCUUCAAUUUAGUGGACUUGUCAAUGCAUCUUUUCAAAGUGAACUUCAAGAUGAAGCUGACCUACAAAUCACUUCCCAUCGAUGAUGAGGAUGAUAUCGAAGAAAUUGAUGCUGAAGUGGGAUCUGAUGGGAGUCCCAAAAGCAACAGCCAUAGUAAAACACAGUGGGAUGAUUAUUGCCCUUGGAGUGAGUGGUACACUGCUGAGGACCCAAUAAAGGGAUUUGAAUUGCAUGCCCUAUGGUUUGAGACAACAGUUGGAAGCUCUUUGGAUAUGGCAGAGUUGGAAAAUGCUUCACCUCUUGAAGCUGAGAAGUGGUUGAUAUCUCCAAAUUUAUCUGAAGCUUUUGGUGGUAAUGGAAGAACAAUUGGAUUUGCAUCACAAUUGCGUCUUUUAGUUGCUGCAUUGGAUAAGUCAUUUGAAGCUGAAUUCAUGGAAGAUUUUGUUUCAGUUGAGAACUCGGGCUCUGAAAGUUUGAAGUCUACUGCAGUCGUACCUCCACCAACAGUCCUUGAUCGUGUGCUCAAGGAUCUCUUUAGCGAGGUUGAAGGAGAGCAACUUGGUUCCCCUGAAGGCGAGCAUAAGAGUUCUCGAGCCAUCAAAGGCGCCCCUCUUCAAUCUCUUUUUGCACAGUUCUGUCUCCAUGCUCUUUGGUUUGGAGAUUGCAAUAUCCGCGCUAUUGCUGUACUCUGGAUUGAGUUUGUGCGAGAAGUUCGUUGGUGUUGGGAAGAGUCACAACCAUUACCCAGAAUGCCAGCAGAUGGUGUAAUUGACUUAUCAACUUCUUUGGUUAAUCAGAAAUUGCACAUGCUUUCAAUUUGCAUAAAUAAGAUACAACAACAUAACCAAAGGCAUCAGAAAGACAGUCAAAACAAAGAUAUUCUUUAUGCUCAUGUCAAGGAAGGUAAUCUGGUUCAGAGUGAGAUAUAUCCUGAUGGAAUCAUGCAGGGUUCUUGUGAGGAACAAGACAGACUGCCAACUUCAGAUGGUUCAUGUGAUGCUCCCUCUGCUUUAACUUCUGAAUCUCCUGAUACUGGAAAACUUUCUAAUCAAAAGCCCUCAGAACAUAUUAGGAGGGGAUCAGCUGGUGUAGCGGGGUCUACGAUGCUUUUGAAAUCACACCAGAGCAUGCACACUCCAUACACCCAGGAUCUGCCGCUUAUGACUGAAGAUAUGCAUGAAGAACGUCUCCAAGCAGUUGAAGCUUUUAGCGAUUCUUUUAGCUUUUCUGCUCAACCGGAAAAAGAGAUUUUGUCAUCAGAUAUGUCUGCAUUUAAAGCAGCAAAUCCAGAUGCUGUAUUUGAAGAUUUCAUCCGCUGGCAUUCACCUAGAGACUGGGAGAGUGAUGAUAAUGAUGCAAUGGAAGGGUCAAAUAAAGAGUGGCCUCCUCGAGGAAGGCUUUCAGAAAGAAUGUCUGAGAAAGGAAAUGCAUGGAGAAAAAUUUGGAAUGAGGCCCCUCCUUUGCCAGCUUCUGAGCAGAAACCUCUUCUGGAUCCAAAUCGAGAAGGCGAAAAGGCUCUUCAUUAUUUGGAAACUUUGCAACCUCAUCAGUUAUUGGAACAAAUGAUUUGUACCUCUUUCAGAGCCGCAGCAGACACACUAAAUCAGGCAACUUUUGGAGCUUUGAAACCUCCUAUGGCAACCAAAAUUGACCAACUCUACCUCACCCUGGCAUCAUCCUUGAGAUGUUUCCAAAAAAAUGAUCUUUUUGUCGAUGCUGAAACUAUUGAUGACCUGAAGCGGCUUUCUUCCAUCUUCGAACAUGUGGAGAAGUUAGUCACCCUUGCUGUUUCUCUUCACCGUAAGUUCAUGCACGCCCCUCGCUUAUCUGAAGCCAUUUUCAACGACUACAUCAACUUCUACAUUCCAAAAAUGGGAACUGCCUCAGCUGGAGGUGGUGACACCAAGGAAUUCACCAAGAAACAACUGGUAAGACGACGUGAGAGAGAGAUCGUUGCAAGCAUGUUCACUCCACCCACUGCCAACCAGUCAUGGAGAAAAGUGUUGAGCAUGGGAAAUCUCCUCAACGGGCACGAACCAAUCUUAAGAGAGAUAAUAUUUUCCAAAAGCGAACAGAUAAGCGGAAGUUAUUAUGCUACCAAUACUCCCAGGAACUAUGAUCAAGAUAUAGAGACAUACAGAAUGUACAUCUGUGGAACCUCCAACGAUCUGAGCAUAGCACUUGCUGUUACCUCUUGUGACUAACUAUUCUUGUAACGAACUGUGCAAGUAUUUAGUAUAAACUCAAUGUAUACUAUACAUACUGGAAAUGGAUUUCCAGUUCAAAUUUAAUGAACAUUUCCAUGAGAUUUUUCAUGGCAGGGUGACCUGUUUGCUAA